AUGGUGAAGCUCAUCAUCGGCGGCGCAACAGGCUUCGUCGCGACAGAGAUCAUAAAGCAGAGCCUGUCGAAUCCUAAGAUCACUACCAUCUAUGCGCUGGGCAGGAAACCGAUCACUGUGCCGUCAGGCACAGCGCCUGGCGCGGAUACAAGCAAGUUGAAGAGCUUGGUAGUGAAGGAUUUUGAAAAGUAUCCCGAGGACGUGAAGGCGCAGCUUGCGGAUGCUGAUGGUGCUAUCUGGGCCCUCGCCGUCCUUCCCCAGAAUACACGGGGCAUGCCCUUUGAAGAAGUCAAGAAAAUCAACCAGACAUACACGCUCAAAGCGCUUGAGCAGAUCCAGGAAGCGCGUGCGGCGAAGGGACAGACAGGCACUUUCCGUUUUCUAUACAUCAGUGGCCCGGAUACGCCUCGUACGCCCGACGGCCCUACGCCACCCGUCUUCAAGGAAUACAUCCGGCUGAAGGGCCGCAUCGAAGUCGACUGCCUUGAGUUUGCCGAGAAGCACAAGGCCAGCGGCUGGGAAGCUGCUGCGGCAAAGCCUGGGCUCGUUCUCCCCAACCCGCCUGGGCUGCUUAUGACAGUCGUCGGCGCCGUCGCUGGCUUGAUUGCGGGCAAAAUUGGCAUCAGGGAGGUUGCUGCUGCGAUGGUGGAUCAAGUCUCGAAUGGAUUCGAGAAGGAGCCGUUGGAGAACGCGGAUUUGGCGAGGAUCGGAAAGAAGGUAUUAGAUGCACAGCAGGCGGCUCCUUAG